AUGCUUGUUUAACAGCAAUAAAGAUAGAUACCUUCAACACCAAUCCCAGGCAAUGCACGAAAAGUUAUUGAGAAUUUUAGCUAUGCUUUAACAGAUGCAAUUGGAAAAGGCUUUAGUUCCAUUGUAUAUAAAGGCAGAAAUGAUGAAACUAAUGAAGUAGUUGCCAUAAAGGUUAUAGAUAAAAAAGGACUCAAGACUCCUUUACAUUAUCAAUUACUUAGAUCUGAAGUUGAAGCUUUAUCCUAACUUAAUUCAACAAAUAUAAUGAGAUUAUAUAAGGUAUACUAAACAGAAAAUAAUACAUAUUUAAUCACUGAAUUUUGUGAUUCAGGAGAUCUUGGUUAAUUGAUAUCUAAAUCAGGAAUUUAAAAAGAGUCAUCGAUGUAAAAAUUAUUCUAUGGCAUUAUUUAAGGUUAUAAGUAAAUGAAAUUGAGAGGUAUGUAUUAAAUUAAUCAUUAGGUAUUGUUCAUAGAGAUCUUAAACCUGCUAAUAUUCUACUAAAAGGAUCUGUUCCUAAAAUUGCAGAUUUUGGAUUUGCUACUACUCCUUAAACUGCUGCCACAAUGCCUAAUGUAAAUGUUGGAUCACCAUUAUAUAUGAGUCCAUAAGCAUUCAAAAAUAGAUAUUCUGAAAAAUCUGAUAUUUGGGCUUUAGGUGUAACUCUUUAUGAAUUAUUAUUUGGGUAAGUUCCAUGGUAAGCAGGUAGUGAGAGAGAAUUAGCAUAAAGAAUGGCUACUGUACCAGUUUAAUUCCCAGGUUACAUAUCAGAUGAAUGCAAAGACUUUAUUUAUAGGUGUUUGAUAGUAGAUGAAAACAGAAGAGCUUCUGUUGAAGAAUUGGAAAAUCAUAUAUGGUUAUCUAAAUAAGAAUUAUAACCAAUCAAAGGUAAUGGAUUCUCAAGUAUGUUCAGAAGUAAUCAGUAACACAAUCCUCAUUAACUUCUUUAAAAUAAUAAUUUUGCAACACCUUUAGUAGAUAAUUAAAAUAAAUAAUCUAUAUCAUUUUAACAAAGAGAAUCUAAUUAUGGAAAAGAAAAUGCUAUAACUAUUAAACAAUCAUAAUAAUCAAUCAUGUAAUAACCAUUAAAAUCCAUCAAAAGAGUCUAAGAAUCAAGAAAAGAAUCAUAAAUAAGUUAAUAAAUGAAUCAAGAGUAAUCAAGUUAGAGAGAGGAUGAUUGCUUAAAUGAUUCUAAAAAAAAUGAUUACAUCAUUCUUGCUUAAUUAAAUUUCUGUAGAUAUUUGUACAGAGUUUCUGCUCUUAUGGAUAAAUAUCGCUUUGUUCAAACACCUUAUUUAAGAGAAAAACUUUUGUUUCUAGUAAACAAAAAUAUAAUGAUUAAAAUAAAUUGUUUGAAUGAAAUAAUUGAAGGAUAAAACACUUUAGGAUUAGAAAAGUUCUAAUAAUAUAUAUAAAAUCCUUAAUAUUCAAAAUUAUGUGCAGCAAUCCAUUAAUAUAAUCAAAAAUAUACUCUUCAAUUUAAUACAGUUUGGUUAUCAUUAUAAAAUCCAGAUUAAAAAUAAUUAUUAGUGGUAGAUAAAAAAUUCGAUGCUGUUUUUGAUGACAAUUUUACUGAAUAUGAAUCCUUCUAUAUUAUUUUAAAUUCAAUACUAAGAAGUGCUAUAAAAGAGAUUGAGUAUUAAUUAGAAUCCAAAAUAGUUAUUUAAGAUACUCAAUAAUUAUUACCCAUAGAUAUAGAAGGUGGUGUUAUUUUACUUGAUUAUUUAAUCACUUACUUUUAAUUGGCAUCACUAAUUUAAGAAUGCUUUGAGGAUCCUUAUGAAUUUGCUAUUGAUUCUAAAAUUGAAUAAAUUGCUGAUGGUAAACCUGUCCGAUUAACUUAUGGUCACUACAUUGAAAUAAGAAAUAAAAUAAAACAACUUGAUAUCUGA